AUGCCACCCGUCAGAACAACCAGCAAGAACACGGCUUUCAAACCGCCGCGGCGGGUCAGCGGCAAGUCGAACACCAGCGACCCUGACAUUUCGAAAGCCCCAGCCCCUCGUGCGACGGCCGCUGCGGCUGGAUCGACAAGCAGACCUGCAGCUUCCGCGUCGCGUGUGGCAGCCUUCAGGCCUGCUACCACGCUCAUCUCAUCAGACACGGAUCUUGAUGACAUUGACGAUGACAGUCACGCUCUCGAUGAGGAGAUUAAUCGCCGCCGUUCAACCAACGCCGGUGCCGACAAUGACGCGUCCACUUCGAACGCUGUUGCUGUGCCGCCCGCGUCGCAAGACUCUAUGGGAACGGACGACCAGCCUCCCAUCCCGCCGAAGCUCCUCAACAGGCUCCUGCAUGAGGGCUUCCAAGACGAAGAGGUGCGGAUCGGGAAAGAAGCAAUGGCGGUGGCGAGCAAGUACGUCGAGACGUUUGUGCGCGAGGCGCUCGCUCGGGCCAUGUACGAGCGGGAGGAGGCAGACGGAAAGAAAAAGGACGAUUCGGGCGAUGGCUUCCUGCAGGUCGAGGAUCUCGAGAAGCUCGCGCCGCAGCUGCUGCUCGACUUCUGA